AUGGCCGCCUACAUGUUCAAGGUCGCCCCGGACGAGCGGUUCGGGCAACUGGAGGGGCUGUUUCUCGGCUCCGUUGCACCACUUCUCAACGAGCACGGCGCCUGCAUGACGGACCAGGAGAAGUUCCAGCUGCUGACGGUGCAGUUGAACUUCCUCCUGCGCCGGGUCUUCCUGGAGGACGACGACGACUCGAACAGCACCGAGUCCGACCUGUUCAUCGCCACGCGCCUGAUCAGCUACGACGGGUCCGUGGCACGUCUCCAAGUGCCGUUCGGCGCUGAUCGCCGUCCGAGCUGGCUGGAGAUGUCUGCCGAGGUGUCAGUCCUGCCGGAGGAGUCGUGGCAGACCUACCCGCAGCCGGUGUCGCAGCUUGGCCUGGUGGUGACUGUGAACAGGAACACGCGCGCCCUCUUCCCGCGCGGCUACACACCGCUCAGCAAGGCCGGCGACCUGGGCCGCUCCAGGGACGUGUUCGUGCUGGACUCGCUGCUGGUCUCGGUCGGUGUCAGCAAGCGGCCGCGCCUGCUGGAGAGCCCGUCGCCGCCGGCGCUGCACGUCUCGCUGCGUCUGGAGCCGCUCAGUCGCCAGUGGAACAUGUCGACCCAGAGCCACAGCUGCGCCCGGCUGGCGGCCGACGGCCGCUGGCACCUGGACGCCUGCCCGCUCACCGUGCUGCCAGACAACCGCGGCUUCAGCUGCGGCUGCAGCGAACUCGGCACCUACGCCCUGGCCCUGCUCACCAAAGCGCGGUCGCCUCUGCAGUCGGUGCUGAACUCGCUGCACGUGCCGGUGGUGACCGGCUGCCUGCUGUCGCUGCCGCCGCUGCUGUACGCGCUGGGCGUGCUGCUGGUGCACUGUCUGCGGCGGCCGUCGGUGCCGGCCGGCCUCCGGCUGCAGGGGGCGUUCGUGCUCACCGCCGCCAUGGUCAUCUUCAUGGUGUCAGCCCGCGACACCCCCCAAACGGCGAGCAUGGCCGUCAACGCCGCCUUGCUCCAGUGUCUGAUCCUGUCCGCCAUGAGCACCCAGAUGGCCUUGAAGAUGCACGUGUUCGGCGAACAGCACCGCCUGCGCAGCUUACGCGGCCAGCCGAACUUCUUCAAGUACAUCGUGUUCUUCACGUCUUGCGGCAUCCCGUUGCUGGUGACGGCGGCCACAGUCACCACGCAGUACAUGCACGGCUGGUCCGAGCUGCACUCCUGGUGGAUCCUGUACAGCUCGAGCUUCUUCUACGGCGUGGUGGUGCCGGUGGCCGUGCUGCUCCUGGUCGACACGUGCUUGCUGCUCUAUGUACGCGCCCUGCUCGUCAUCAAGGUGUCGAUGACCAAGUGCGAGACAGAGGCUUGGAUACGCGAAAGGGUGCACAUGAUGAUGGGCUCUCAUAUGAUUGAGAUGAUGCUCGUUCUGCUGGUGGUCAGCAGCGCCCUUUACAUCAACUUCCGGGGACUUGCCUGCGAGAUCCUCUUCGCCAUCUUCUGCGUGCUGACGAGCGCGACAUUGCUGGUGUACUAUGUUGUGCACGGGGAAGAGGGCCUACCCGUGCCGCCGUGCUUCCGAAAACACAGCCCAGACGCUGUCGACGAACCAGGCCACGAGCGUGAGCCUCCGGCGACGCUACGCUCCCACAGCGUGCUGCGGGCGGACGACGCCAGCCAGCGCCCCGCUGCUAGCCGGCUGCCACUCGUGAACGGGGGCCACUCGCGGCAUGAGUCGAAGAAGCCUCUGCCGUCGAGGGCCCGGAGCGCGGGGCCGGACCACGUGCCGUAA